CCGACUCGAAUCGUCGCGCAAGUUUGGUUCAAGCGCCCGCCUUUCAUCGAGGUCUCUCGCUUGUAAGAAAUGUGGGAAAGGAGCACUUCCUGUUUAGCGAUUUUCUCUCCAGGAAAAAUGGUGCAGGGGGAUCAGUUCAGAAUUACGCCUGGAGUUAAUAAAUAACAUUUCCGCCUCAUUUUGAUGGAUGCCAGAGACAAGCAGGUUCUGCGCUCCUUGCGCCUGGAGCUGUGUGCAGAGCUGCUGGUUGAGGGCCUUAUCAUUCAAUAUCUCUAUCAAGAAGAAAUUCUAACAGACAAUCAUAUGCAAGAAAUAAGGGCCCAAGUUACUAAUCAACGGAAAACUUUGGUGCUUCUUGACAUCCUUCCAACAAGAGGGCCUAAGGCAUUUGAAGCAUUUCUAGAAUCCUUACAAGAAUUUCCAUGGGUGAAAGAAAAACUUGAAUCAAAGCGCAAUGAAAUUAUGCUACUGACUCCUGCAGAUGAUCAGCUACUCAGAUUUCCACAACAGAUUUUGAAGAAACUGCCAUCCGAUCAACAGAUUAGUAAACUUGCUCAGAGACUUGGACCUGAAUGGGAGUGCAUUGUAUUAUCUCUUGGCUUGAGCCAAAAUGACAUUUACUGUUGUAAAGUCAACCACCCAUACAAUAUCCAAUCACAGAUUAUAAGUGCCUUCAUUUUAUGGAGGCAGCGUUUAGGGAAUAAAGCUACUACGGAGAGUCUGUGCACUGGUUUAAAAUUUGGAGAAGUAGAUUCUUCAGUAAUCCAGCAACUGCUUCAAUGAGCUUCUAAACUGGAUUGAAUCGAACCAAAGGCCCAUCCCAUAUUCCGUCUCCACAGUGCUCACUCAGAAAUUAUGGAAAGUCUACAUCUUGGCAUGACUUUAGCAACUACCCAGUAUUCUCACUCACAUUGCCUACCAAUUGACUUUAACAUGCGAAUGUUGAUUGUUGCAGCAGGUAUAUUGCCAUCAUGAUCAGUGUUGGUAACCUUUUCCUCUAUGGAGUCUCCAAAUGCCAUGCCUUCUUCAUAUGGCAAAGCCACUUUUAAGAUCAGAUACUGUGGAGGAGAUUUUGGUAUUGCAUGAGAUCCUGUCGUUUGGAUGAGAAAUUAGUGUUGACAACUGUACCAAAGCUGUGCAAGCCUUCCGCAAUACCAAAGCACUCUCCUCUUGACCUUAAUUACCUUUAUUAAUAGCAAUAAGUUGAUCCAGUAGCAAAUCAUAAGGAAAGGGCUGUCAUCACUGAAUAGCUACCAAGGAUAAUAGUCUCACUAGUAGAGAUGCAAGGAAACAGAGCAGGUACUGCUUUUUUUAAUGUUAAUAUCUAGGAAUGUUACAAUGUCCUGUUUAUUUUUAAAGCUUGCAUAUUGUGUAUUAUUACAACCAUAAAAAAGAACAGUCCAAAAAAGCUGCAUUUUGUUAUAUGAAUUCUGAUUACUUAUUGUGUAAGUUAACUUAAGUCAUGGAUUGGAUCUGAU